AGAAAAUUCCCUACAAUUAUGUUAGCUAUUCUGAUUCUGAAGCAACUUUCACAAUGGUAGAAUAUGAAGCUUUAAUGGAGGAAGUAUACGACGUGAUUAUUCUGUAUGACCGUUGAAAUUUAAUUUGCGCAAUAAUAUCUUUCCCUUACUUUAUCGACGUAUUUAAUAGGAUGACGCGAAUUUGUGCGAAACAAUGAUUGACAAUAUUUUUACAUUAGAAAGUUUCUUGUCAAAAGCACUGCCAUAAUUUAAGUUAAAGUACAUUAUGUCUUAUCCUGGACAACCACCCAUGGGGAUACCAGGCAUGCCUCCCAUGCCAUAUAUGGUUGGUGCUCCACCACCUAUUAUUGGCGGUGUAAUGUCUAUGGCUCAUAUGAUUCCAACACCCGUAUCUGCGAUGCAGACCUCAGCACCAGCCGUACGUUACGCACGCAAUCAAAAUCGACACGAUAAUAAUCGUCGUCGCGAGAGAGAAUCUGGACCACCAGUAACAGUUUUUAUUGGCAAUAUAAUGGAUAGAGCGCCCGAUGUAAUGAUACGACAUAUUUUGGGGGCCUGCGGCCAUGUUCUGUCAUGGAAAAGGGUACAAGCUUUUGGAUUUUGUGAAUAUGCCGGUCCAGAUGCAGGAUUAAGAGCAGUAAGAUUGUUACAUGAUAUGGAAAUAGGCACAAAGAAGCUUGUUGUUAAAGUGGACGCUAAAGCUAAAGUGGUACUGGAUCAAUUUAAAGCAGAGAGACGGAAGAAACUUAGAGGAGGUCAGUCACCUUUACAAGAUGAAACACCAACUGAAGGUAUAGAGGGAGAGGAAGGUGAAGAUUACAUGGAUGAAGGAAUGAGAGUGGUAGAUGCAGAUGCAUUAGCACGUAUUAAUCAAAUUAUUGCUGAACAUGCAGCAGACUUGGAAAUGGCUCAAGUUGCGCCAGAAGAACAUCAAACCAAAAUGGUCGCCAAGUCUUUAAAUUUGGACGAUGCAGAAAUUGAAGAGAGUAAAAGAGAUUUGAUAACUCGAGAAAUCGGCAAAUUCCGGGAAGUAAUGAAGAAGCAGGAAGAGGAGAAGGCCCAAGUAAAACGUAAAAAAGAGGCUGUCGAAAAGGAGGAACGAGAGAAACGCGAAAAGGAACGAAGAGAUAGACGAGAGGAGGAUGGAGCUAACAAGGAUGAUCAGGAAGGCGAGCCUGGUAGUAGCCCUACGUCUCAUAAAGGACGAAGUAGUAGUACAGGUAGCAGUAGAAGAGAUAAGCGUCGUUCUAAAUCCAGAUCAAAAGAACGCGAGAGAGAUCGGCAAAGGAGCGAGAGGGAUCGUGAUAGGGACAGAGAUCGCGAGAGAGAUCGCGAGAGGGAUCGAGAGAGGGAUCGCGACCGUGAGAGAGAACGAGAGAGAGAGAGGGAGAGGGAUAGGGAGAGGGAGAGAGACAGAGAGAGGGAGAGAGAAAGGGAAAGGGAGGAGGCACGAAAAACAGAAAGAGAAAUAAUGAGAGAAAGGGAGGAAGAGGAGGAGGCUAAGGAGAGGAAGAAAAAUGAGAGGAGAGCUAGGGAAAAGGAGGCGGCUUAUCAGGAACGUUUGCGAGCAUGGGAAACUCGGGAACGUCGUAAACAAAAGGAAUACGAAAAGGAGACAGAAAAGCGUAGGGCGAAGCGAGAGGCGAGAGAACGCGAGGCAAAAAGAUUGAAGGAAUUUUUGGAAGAUUACGACGAUGAUCGCGACGACGCAAAGUAUUACAAGGGUAAGGAAUUGUCUCGACGUUUGGAGGAACGUGCUUUGGAAGCCGAAGCUGAUUCGAGAGAUCGCUGUGCCGAAAGACAGGAAUUGCAACGACUACGCGAUAAACUUUAUGCCGAUGCCUCGCAUCCCGAUCCUGCUGCUGAAUUCGAAAGGCUAAAAGCAGAGAGGGAAGAACAGUAUAAGCCUAAACCAGUGAUUACUAUUAUCGACGAGGACGAUGAAAAGAUUGUGAAGAAAGAGAAGGAAGUAGUAAUGCCACCUAUAGAAACCGAGCCAAUCGAAAGUGACAGCGACGACGGCGUUCAGUUCGAUGAUGCGUCUCAACCAGAGGUACCUUCGAGGACACCUCCGCGUCAUCAUCAUCAUCAUCGUAGGCAUCAUCGUCAUCAUCAGAAUCAUCAUCGCGAUGGCGGCGAAGAGAACGAGGAAAUGGUCGUCCAGGCCGAUCGCGAGAAUCAGAAGGAUACUAGGUCCUCGCCGAUGCAUCAACCGGUCGGUACCCCAGUUCAAUCGAUUCCGCCUUCGUUGGACGAGGAUUCGCGUAUGUCACUCGUCAACGAGCCGGAAAAAACAAGCGGCAGUAAUUUUGUUCCUUUCGCGAUGGGAAGCGGUGGUACUCGGGGAGAACAUACCGUUGGUAACAAAACUCCCGCUAGUCCUGGUACAGCCGUUAAUACGAAUUCUCAACAGGCUAAUCAGACUAGAAAAAAAGGUCGCAUCGAUGUGAAGGACGUUUUUAAUAAUGACGAUGACGAUGACGGUACUAAUAAUGCGAGGAAACGGAAAUUAGUUCCUCUAGAUUAUGGCGAUGAGAAAAAGAAAAAGGUAAACGAGGAGACUCCGAAGCCUGGUAAAGAAGAAAGUACAAAAAGUCAAGAAGAAAAACGAAAACAUAUAAAGUCUCUCAUCGAUAAAAUUCCUACUGAUAAGAACGCGCUCUUCGGAUAUCAGCUCGAUUGGGCGAUAAUAGAUAAUACAUUAAUGGAAAAGAGAAUAAGACCGUGGAUUAAUAAAAAGAUCAUUGAAUACAUCGGAGAACCGGAACCCACUUUGGUCGAUUUUAUAUGCAGCAAAGUUAUGGCUGGUAGUUCUCCUCAAGGUAUACUGGAUGAUGUACAAAUGGUAUUAGACGAAGAAGCCGAAGUGUUUGUAGUUAAAAUGUGGAGGUUAUUAAUUUACGAAGUGGAGGCGAAAAAGAUGGGUUUAGUUAAAUAAAUGAUGUAACAUCUACAACGUUACUCGAUUUACGAUUUAUAUUAUACAUAAAAUACCUUUGAUUACAGUAUAAUCUGUAGGUUGCGAAUCCCACGCACGUUACUAAUGUAUCAUUUGUAGGAGUCUACGCUAGACAAGAAAAAAAACGACGUGUUGCUUAAUUAAAUAGGCGAGAUCUACGUGUGUAGAAGUUAUAUUGUUAAAUACAACUUGUAAUUACGAUUUGUAAA